AUGAAGAAUCUCCGAAAAGGCUCGGUGCAUCCAUCACCGUCGCUGCCGAUCGUCUUGUCCUGUUAUCUCUCCCUCCUUCCAGCCACCAUCCUUACCCUCACAGCGGCUCUGUCAAUGCAGGACAGAGAAGUCUUGGCCUAUCUCAUCUUUUGCUCCACCCCAACCUCCACCCUCAAGAACAACCUCAAAACCUCCCGCAGAAGCUCUUCUUCUGCCAAAAGUGGCACAGCUAAUGAUGAUCAUCCCUCUACCUUCAAUUGUGACUGCUUCAGAUGCUAUAUGAGUUACUGGGCGAGGUGGGACUCAUCUCCAAAUCAUCAGUUGAUCCAUGAAAUAAUCGACGCUUAUGAAGAUGUGCUGACAUCAGGGAAAAAACCAAGAAAUUCAGGAACAAAGAAGGAGAAAAGGAAUAAGAGAAGACUCAACACCAGGUCUGGUGAGUCAAAGCAGUCAAACUCGGGGAAUGCUGAGCUGGGUCAGUCAGAGUCUAUGAGAGAAAUGAAAACCACCAGUAAUGGCCGCGGCAGUGCAGAGGAAGUGGCAGAGAAAGGACCGCUGAGGAGGUUUUUAAGUUUCAUUGCAGAGAAGAUAUGGGGGGUCGGAAAUUGGUGAGUGCUGUUUUUCCCAUUGAGUUUGAAGGGUAAAGCAGGGGGAGAGAGAAACAGUUCUGUAGAUAGUUGCCUUACAAUAAUCAAGAAUGUGAAAGUGGCAGCUUCUCAGAAUCAUAAUAAAAGUUAUUCAGCUGAACUUGCUCUUCUCUCUUAGCUUUCUCUGAAAACAUGCCAAGAUAAGUAGAAGUCAUAUAGAAUCUGUGGCUUUCUGUUUUUGCUGGAUUAGCUAUUACUCUUAGGUUGGUCGCUUUGCUCUAGGGAUGAAGCUGCUGAGAUUUCCUUCGAGUAAAAUUGACAUUCAAUUUUCGGUUGAGGCACUUAAGUGACAAUACUAAAGGGUCAAUGAUCAGCUCCUCCCCAUGAAGUGGGAGCUUGCUAUUAUUAGCAUUGGCUUAUCCCCGGCGAAAUGGGUGUAAGCAUGCUGAUAGAUCAAUUGUAGAGGGAGACUCGGUUGAGAAAUUUUUCUUUUGAAUGGUAAUUGGGGAAGUUCUGAUUCAUGCAAUUGGCUAUCUGAAACUUGGUUUUGACUUUACAUCGAAAGCAAUGAAGACAAUAUAAGUUGAGUCUGAAUAUUGUCAAUUCGCUGUCUCUCUUUUGUUCCUUCCUCUCUGCAUUAUUCUUUCAUAUGGACUUGUGACUCUGUUGCAGCGAAUGCAAUUUGGUGUUGGAUAGGUGAUAACUGGAUGCAAAUUUGUAUGGAAUUAGUUAGUACAUUACAAUCGUUGUUGGGAUUUUUUACAGUUGUGAAGGUUGGCAAAAGGAAGGCUUCGAUCCAUGCAACAAAAGAGAA